UUAAAUAUCAAAUCACGCUACACAUUUCACUAACACGAAAAGAGGAAAAUUUUCCAUCGGAUUCAAGAUUUUCCACCUGAGAAAAAAAUUCUUCCAUUUCCUACCAAGAAAAGCGAAGCGAAUGCAAAAACUGAAGCUUCACUCAAUAUUAAAAUUUGUUCUAAUUGCUGUCAUCUUAACCAUUGCUGACAGUAAAAACAAUAGUGAAGGAAAUAAUCUCGUAGUCGAAAUAACAUCAGUAACUCCACAUCAAUUACAACGGACAACAUCUCGAAUUCUUGAACUUGUCAUUGAUCAUUUACCAAACGUGAAGGAGCAUCUGGUGUGUGCUUUCACAAUAAAAGAGAAUGUCAUCGUAACAAAUGCAACACGAAAUGACAAUAUCGUUUAUUGUGCAACACCUAGAACUGAUUUAUUGCCACAAAUUGAGCAAGGAAGACAUCAUUUCACAGCUCGCUUAAGUGUUCGGACAGCAAGUGGUUCCGAUCUUGCAUUCACAAAUUCCACUUUCUUCGACUGCUCAACUCAUUUAUCUUGCACACGUUGCGUAUCGUCUCUCUUCCCAUGUGAUUGGUGUAUUGAAACUCAUCAUUGUACACAUGACACUGCUGAGAAUUGUCGAAACGAUAUAAUGGUAAAUGGUGUGAACCGUAUGAGGUCCUCUUAUAGAUCAGGAACGGCAUUCUGUCCCGCAAUCAAUGGAACUGAUUCAGAUACUGAAAUUCUUGUUCCUGCUGGUGUGAAGGGCUCGGUGAAAGUGAGAGUUCACAAUUUUGGCCAUUCGAUUGUUCAAACCAGAUUCGUUUGUCAGUUUACCAUCGAAGGACGAGUGUCGAGUGUAGAUGCACAACUUCUUGGUGACAUAAUUUAUUGCGACUCGAUAGAAUUUAUGUACACUUCGAAACUUCCACAAAUAACUGCAACUUUUGCUGUCGUUUGGGAUGAUGUAAAACCUCUCGACAAUCCUCAUAACAUUCAUGUCGUCAUUUAUAGAUGGCGUGACAUGGCGGAAAGUUUAAGAAUGUGUCUUGUUCUACCUGUAAAAUAUGGAUGUGCUUGGUGCAGUUCAUCGAAUAGUUGUGAAGUGGAAGAACACUGUGAUGGAGUGAAGGGGACUGACUUAAUCGACUUCAAACCUUCUGCCAGCAGUGCAUCAUCAUCUGCUACAGGCACAAGCACGGACUCAGAUUCGAGUUCAGAAAACUCAAGCAGCUCUAGCAAUAGCAAUUCUUCUGACUCCAGUAAUAGUUCAUCAGGAUCAAGCUCAAGUUCUGAUGAAAAGUCACCACAAAAAACAACAGCUCAAAACAAAUCAGCCGAAAAGGGAUCGGCAAGAAAAAGUCAAGACAAAACGAUUCCAACAAAAGCAACGUCUACGAAAAACACCGAGCUAAAAGUGACAAAAAGUAGUUUAUCAAGUACAGACGACGAUCGCCCUAAAAGUCCACUGAAGAAAAAUUCUCUUCAAGUUGAUAAGAAGAAAACAACAGCAACAUCAUCACCUUCAAAAGCCCACCAACAAAAAGCUAUUGUACCACCACUCAUUCCAACGGGUGGAAAAGUUCCACCAUCAGUAAUUAAACAACAUCAAGCAAUGCAACAACAAAGUAAAUCACAAUCUAAACUUCAAACUGCAACUGUUAAAGCUGGAACAUCGAAAAAUAUUUCUCCACCUAAGAAACCGUCUCAAUCAUCACUGCUGAAAGCAAAGAAAGACAAAAGUAUUUUCUCUAAUUCAUCUGAAUCUGAAGAUGAGAAACCAUCUGUGUCACCAGUAAAGAAUGAUCGAAGGCAAUCGGGUUCAGGCUCAGCUUCAACAGGUCCAAGAGGUCGAGGAAGACCUAGGAAAUAUCCCCUACCUGGUGCCCCUCCCAAACCAGCCCCAAAAGUGAUACCUGAGAAACCGAAACCCGAAGUGAAGAAAGAAAUUUCUUCAGCAUCUUCAACCACAACCGAUUCAUCAUCAGCAGCUUCAUCAAAUUCCGAUUCAGAUUCUGAAUGUGCUAAUGAUACAAAACCAAGUCGUAAAUCUGCUCGAAUGAAUAGCACAAGAAAGUCCAAACAUCUUGGAAACACUUCAAUCAAAUCUGAAAGUGAAACUGAUGACAGCACAUCAGUAAGACGUUCAAAUACCAAAAGUCCUGUGAAGAAAAAUCCUUCAUUAAUCCCCACAAAAGGUAAAUCGAAACAAAAAAAGAUUGAGCAAAAACAUAAUCUCGAUUUAUCAAAAGAUUCACAACCUGAAGAGAAAGGAUGUCCCUUCGAAGGUUGUAAUUCCAUGGGACAUUUAAGUGGGAAAAGCGAAAGUCAUUUCACAAUUGAAGCUUGUCCAAUGUACCAUAAUCUCACAAUUGCUGAAACAAAACAGAAUCUCAUUGAAAGAAGGAAACGUGUUGAAGAACGUGCGAAGAGUUUGAAAGAAUUAGAACCGAAAAAACCUCCAACAAAUGAACAUAAAGCUUAUCUUCAAAAAAUCCGCGAUAUCAGAGCAAAAUCUAAACCAACUUUAAAGUUACACGAUGAUUCAAGGCUCGAUGAUCGUGAGCCGAAUCUUGCUGGCGCCGUUUCAGAUUACGAUCUUCAACUUUUCCGUGAUGCUCAAGCAAUUGCCAGUGAAAAUAUUGAAAACGAACUGACAAAGCUUCCUUGUCGUGGGAGUGGAACAAAAUGGGUUGUCAUGGGGAAGAACAACAUGGAAGUUUGGUAUCAAAGCGUGUACCCUGAAGAUGUUCAAAGACUCCCAAAACUUUACCUUUGUGAAUUCUGCCUACGAUAUCAAAAAUCCGAAGUUGGAAUGAAACGACAUGCAGCGAAAUGUGUGUGGCGUCAUCCACCAGGCGAUGAAAUUUACAGAAAAGGAAAGCUUUGUGUAUGGCAAGUUGAUGGUAAACGAUACAAAAAUUAUUGUCAAUUUCUUUGCCUUCUCGCAAAAUUCUUUCUUGACCACAAAACUCUUUACUUUGAUGUCGAUCCUUUCUUAUUCUACAUCAUGACAAUUGCUGAUUCUGAUGGUUGUCACAUCGUUGGAUACUUCAGUAAGGCAGAGUUUGUUGCCUGUCUAGUCGGAAAAUUUCCUUUCGUUCUAUUUCUUGUGCUG